AUGGAAAGUAGAAGCAGCAGUGAAGACAAGAAGGAGAAGAAGAGAAAGCGAAGUCGAUCAUAAAAGAAAGACAAAAAAAAAUAAAAAAGUAAAAAAUCUAAGGAAAGAAAGUCUAAGGAGAGGAAAAAGUCAGAGAAAAAGAAAUCAAAUAAGAAAUCGGAAAAGAAGAAAAAAAAAGACAAAGAGAGAGAAAAAGAAAAGGAUAAAGAAAAGGAUAAAGAGAAGGAGAAAGAGAAGGAUAAAGAAAAAGAUAACAAUAAGGUUGAUGCAUAAAAAUAAGGUGAGGAAGUAGAAACCAAAGAACAAAGAAUUGCGAGAUUAAAAUAAGAAAGAAGAAAAAGAUCCAGAUCUAAUUCUGCUGUCAAACAUUAUUAAAAAUAAAUACUUGCCAACAAUCCUGUAGCUAAAUCAAAUGCUCUUGGCUAUGAUAAAUAGGAUUGCUUUUGGGAUGGGUUUACUUGGGUACCUAAAACUAAUUUGCACGACAAAGUGAGAGAAGAUAAAGAAAAAGUAAUGUCAUUGACUAGUAGAAUGAGAAGAAUUCAAAUAUGCAAUAUACCGACAGGUUUAACUAAUCGAGAUCUCUAUGCUGAAUUGAGCAGAUUUAUGAAUAGAAAUUACUUAAAUGACGUUGGCAAUGCUAAACCCAUUCUUUAUUGUCACCUAAACGAAAAAGAUCGAACUUGCACUCUAGAAUUAUCAUCUGUUGAAGAAUCAAAUAGAAUGCUCAAAUUGGAGGAAAUCAAAUUACUGGAUGAAUCAUGUAAAAUUUUCAGAUUAGGCGACAGUCUCUAUGGUUAAUCGGUUAAUCAAUCAUAAUUAGUUUAAUAAGCUCAUAAUAUGGCCUAAGCAUAAGCAGCCGCAUAUCUUGCUUUAAAAUCACUAGGAUAUGCCAGAGGAUAGAGGGAAGAAGAUGAAAUUCUGGCUUAGGCAGGUAUCCCAUCCAGGAUUAUAAAGGUUGGAAAUUUCUUAAAUGUUGCUAUGGCAAUAAAUCUAAAUAAAAAUGAAUGGAAUGAAAUGCGAGAAGAUUUACUUGAAGGCUUUUCAUAAUAUGGUCAUAUAGAAGAUGAUUUCUUUGUUAAACCUUUUUAAGCAGGUCUUGGAGCCGAAGCAGGCUCUCUUUUUCUAGUUUAUACAACUAUUGAAGAUGCCUAACGCACGGUAAUAUCGAUGACUGGUAUAACAUAUAAUUAGAGAGCACUCAAAAUUAUAUUUAUUAACGAAUAAACCUAUAUUAGAAGUUACAUCCCAUUAAAAUUAAAGUAAUAACCUGAAAUUGAAGAACCACAAAUAAAUCAAGAAAAUGACAAUUAUGAUAAUGAACCAUUUGAAGAUUAAGAAGACUAUUUGGAUUAAAUGGAUAAUAAAGUUUUAGAGAAUAAUAAUAAUAAAGAUAAUUGA